AUGAACACUCGCUUUCUUGCUCUUAGUAUUAUCGUGGCAAUCUUAUGCAUUGAUGCAUCCUAUGCUCGUAGUAUAGACGUUUGGAGCCAACAGUUGAUGGAGGACGCAGUGAAAGUUGCUCGUCGUGAUCUUAUCGAAAUGAUGCAACAAGCUGUACGAGAUACUGAUGACGAUGAUGAUGAUGAUCAACAUGAGACAGAAAGACGACAAUCGAUUCCAUCUGGCAGUUUCAAAGGUCUCUGCUUAUUUGAAGAUCAUUUCGGUCAAUGCCCCAGUGCUUGCAAACGAGAUGGUCAUCCAGAUGGUGGAAAGUGUCACGAUUUUAAAUGUCUUUGUUUCUAA